AGGUCUGGCCCCUUUAAGGACACUCCCCAAACACGCACACGAGGAUCUUUAUUCGGGAAGCGUUCAACUGGAUAAGAAAACGAAAAGUGCAAGCUGAAGUGGACGGAUAAGCUUUUGAGGUUAAAAUAGUGAACCCAAAAGAGAAAACCGUGGUGGGGAGAAAAAGAGGAGAGAGGCGGUUAACGGACUGGUCUUCGCUUGUGGAGAGGGACUGGGGCGAAACCUUUCACACACGGGAUGUCCCGGACAGAGUUGCUGGUGAUAUGGAUGGUUCUGGCUGCCGUGGGCUUCGCUCAACAGUCCGAGAGGAACUCGAGUUCCCGAAGCAAAAUCUUUCCCAAAACCUUUGGAGGAAGCCGAAAUCACAAAAUCCACGAAAGCAACAGUUCCCAGAACAGCGCACACGUGCCUGCGUCGAGACGGGGCAUUCCUGGAAAUCACCCCCAUAGCUGGCAGAGAAAUGAAAUAGUCGAAGUGAAAGUUUCGGACGUGGCAAGGCAAUACCUGACGGGUUUAGGUACCACAGUAGUCAUUCCUUUUAUUUACAGCUUUGUGUUUACCGCAAGCCUGCCUCUUAACUUGCUGGCAAUCCUGGUGUUCAUCUUCAAAAUAGGCCUCACCAAACCCACAGCGAUCUACAUGAUGAACUUGGCUGCAGCCGACCUGCUGUUUGUGCUGCUCCUUCCGCUGAAGAUUUCCUACCACUUCUCUGGCAACGACUGGGGGUUCGGCCCCUUUGUGUGCCGGCUGGUCACCGGUGGGUUUUACGCCUACAUGUGCAGCUCGGUGCUACUGAUGACGUGCAUCAGCGUGGACCGGUAUCUCGCCGUGGUUUACCCCAUCAAAUCGGCCUCCUGGAGGAGCCGCCGGCGCGCGGCGGGGCUUUGUCUCGUGGCGUGGCUCCUCUCCAUUUGUAGCGCUCUGCCUCUCUUCUUAACCCAACAAAGUGUGUACGUCACCAACCUCAACAUCACAACCUGCCACGAUGUGCUGACUCUCCCUGUCCUGCACACCUUUUCCCUCUACUACUUUCCCAGUUUGUGUAUUCUUUUCUUUGUCAUUCCUCUGGUCGUCACCACAGCCUGUUACAUGAAAAUUAUCUCAACCCUCCGCUCAGCCAGUGCAGUAAACCCGUACGGGAAGAGACGUGCCUUCUUCUUAGCUAUCAUUGUACUUUGUGUGUUUCUUGUCUGUUUUACACCGACCAAUAUCGUAUUACUGAUACACUCUCUCCAUUUUUCAACUGAACCAAGUGAUACCCUUUAUUUUGUCUACAUGCUGUGCGUGUGCCUAGGUAGUGUGAGCUGUUGUUUUGAUCCAUUGAUAUAUUAUUAUGCAUCAUCCUCGUUUCAAAACCAGCUACAUCACCUUUUGAAUUCUAGGGAGGAUGAAAGUAUUCAGGUUAAAGAGCUGAUUAAUAAACCUGGGACUUCCACUCCCUAUCUGUGAAAUCUGCAGAAUGGUGUCAAGGCAAGCAUGAUAAAUAUAUCCUAAGAUUUUGUCCUGGUGACCUGAUUAAAUACAACAGAAUUCUAAAACUCUGGGACCUAGCUAAGUGCGAUCAAAUUAUUUUCUACUGUUUUCUACAUUUCUCCACUGUAUCACAGCUACUUUUGGCCAAAUCAAUUCUAUAGUUAUGCUAUUUAAGAAGGAACUGCAGAUGCUGGACAAAUUCGAAAGUAGACAAAAAAUGCUGGAGGAACUCAGCGAGUGAGGCAGCAUCUAUGGAGAGGAAUAUGUGACGUUUCGGGU